AUGGGAUACAGAAAGCCUAUAGUAAUUCUUUAUGGUUCGGAAACGGGAAAUUCGGAAGACUACGCUUACUGCCUUUCUCGCAAACUACGAUACGAAAGAUAUGUUUUGACUGUUUGCUCCUUAGACGAGUUUGACCUCAAAGAACUUCUCGAUAUUAAUUGUCUCAUAAUUAUAUGCUCUACAGCUGGCCAAGGUGAGAUUCCUCGAAAUGGGCGCAAUUUUUGGAGGUUUAUGUUAAGAAAACGAUUACCCUCAGAUCUGUUCUCUCAUUUAAAAUUCACCAGUUUUGGACUGGGCGACUCCUCUUACCCAAAAUAUAACUCAGCUGUGCGCAAAAUUCAUGCUAGAUUUCUACAACUCGGUGCUAAGGAACUAUGUAUCAGAGGCGAAGGGAAUGAGCAGGCUCCCGAAGGAGUAGAUGCAUUUUAUACUGCUUGGGAGGAAAUAGUGAUUUCUAGCCUCAAGACCCAAUUUCCGUUAUCGGUCAGCUUGCUUCCAAUUCCAGAAACUGAGCUUCUUGAACCUACUACUUUAUUGAAACCUUUAACACAAAAAAAGACUCUUGAUACUGAAGUUAAUAUGAAGAUGGAUGCAAUAGAGCGAUAUAUGGACGAUCAUUCUGAUAAACUGAUUAAGUUUGUGGUCCUUGAAAACAAAAGACUGACUACAGUGGACCAUUUUCAAGAUGUUAGGCUUUUGAAGCUGCAGUGUAUUGAUUGCGUAUUAUCGUAUGAGCCGGGAGAUUUAUUGUCUUUGUAUCCAUCAAAUGACCUGAGAGAUGUGAAUGCCCUAAUAGAAUUGCAAGGAUGGACAAACAUUGCUGAUCUCCCACUGCAAAUUGAAGGACCUCUCAAAGUUCCAGGGGGGCUUAUCAAGAAUCUUACUCUCAAAUCGUUUAUUAUGCAUCAUUUGGACAUUAUGUCUAUUCCAAGACGUUCUUUUUUUUCACUCGCUUGGCAUUUCGCUUCCGACCAGAUGGAACAAGAUAAAUUAAGAGAGUUCUCCAAGCCAAAUGCAAGUGAACAACUGUAUGACUAUGCUAAUAGGCCUCGCAGAUCUAUUCUAGAGGUCCUCCAGGAAUUUUCGUCCCUAAAAAUCCCUUUGAAUUAUUUGCCUGAGUUGAUCCCUCAAUUAAAGCCAAGAUUGUUUUCAAUCUCUUCGAAGCCAGACAAAUCGAUCAUAGAGCUUACGGUUGCAAUAGUUGAAUACAAAACCAUCAUUCGUCGGCUAAGAAGAGGUGUUUGCACUCGGUGGGUAAAGACUUUGAGCCCUGGGGAUCUAAUAGUGAGCUCGCUAGUUAAAAAUCGGAUGGGCCACAAUUUUAUGAACGAUCGUCCCAUAGUGAUGAUUGGUGCAGGAACAGGGAUUGCACCUAUUAAGUCACUCAUUGAAGAAUCCAUAAUAAAUGCUUCUUCUCGGCCACUGUGCCUAUUCCCGGGUCACAGAUAUUCGAACAAGGACUAUCUUUACGGCCAACUUUGGUCACAACUAGAACGAGAAGAAAAGUUGCUCGUUUUCCCUUCUUUCUCGAGAGAGAAUUCUGCUUAUGUGCAAGAUACGCUGUACAAGAAUAAAGACUUGGUAAACAGGCUCAUUGUGUUCGAAAAUGCAUCAAUCUUCCUCUGUGGAUCGUCAGGUAAGAUGCCAUCGCAAGUCAGAUUGACUCUUGAAGCCAUAUUUGCCGAAAUGAACCAGUGGACUGAAGAUGAAGCACGUAAGUACUUGAUCGCUCUUGAAGAUAAAGGUAGCUAUGUACAGGAGACAUGGUGAUUGUCCCUAUAUGAUUAGGUUGUUAGAGGGAGAGUGAUGAUUCAUUUAAUAGCAAUUUUCUCAAAAUUUUGCUCUAAACUAGCUGUUCUAUUCUCUUCUAGCGUGCGGACUGGUUUUACAGGUGAUUUUUUGAGUUCUUCCGGUUGCUGGUCCUCUAUUUCUUGAUUUUGCAUUUGCUCUUCCCCAUCUUCGUCAAACAAGUCGCCAUCUUGAGAGUUCUCAAAGUUAUCAUGGGCGUCAUAGUCAACCCUAUCAUCAUAUUGAGAUUCAUCAAGGUGGUACUCGCUCUUAUUGUCCAGGCACUUUCUAUUAGGAUUGUCCAUCAUCCACCAGUCAAGAGUGGACUUUGUCGCCUUUGUCUGCUCCUUCUCUUUUCGCAUUGUCUCCAGAUAGUUCUUUUCAAUCUCGAGGAUUGAGUCCGAAUCCGAUCCUUCCUGAUAUAAAUCAAAAAGUUCUUGGUUGAUUGCAACAAAUGCCGCUCCAUAAGAAAAACGCUGUAGCAAUUCGAGAGCAAGAUCCAUGCGUCCAACGAUAAUUAGACAAGCUGCUAUGGCUUCCAUGCAAUUCAGCUUCAUUGGUCUUCCGUAAUUCACAGGAUUAGCAGCAAUAAGGUAAGGGAGAAGCCUCUCAUUACGCCCACCUAUCUUGCCGAAUGGAAUUUCCUCAAGUCGAGCCCACGAACAUUCAACUACUGCUACUCCAAUUUCCUCAACUAAUGGUCGAUCGCUGGGGCUCACUACUUGAGUGGCGUUUGGAGUCACUACAAUACCUUGGAAUUUCUGUCCUAUUCGAAGAUCUUUCAUAAGCCCUAGCCUUUCUAAUUUUUUACCACUGCAUCUCUUAGGGUCACAAUGAUCAAAAUCCCACAUUGCUAAUUUGAUAGGAAAUUUGGUUCCCUGUGACUGACCAGAGUAUUUGACUUCUUGACGUUUUCUUCUAUUAGAGUAUUUUGGAGCUGCUGACUCUCUCUUCAA